GCUCCUCCUUCUCUUUCAAUCCCUUGAUUAAAUAGCUUCCCCUCUAAUGGCUUUUGCACUGGAAGCAGCACCUCCGAACUCCUGCCUGAAACAGCUCUCCCAGCAUGCGAGCCGCCCCCCUUCUCGGGGCCAGCGCAGCAAGGCUUCCCCUCAGCCUCUUCCUGCUGCUUUCCUUCAGGCUAGACAGAGGUGUGGGAGCUAAGGAGCUGAAGUUUGUCACAUUGGUGUUUAGACAUGGAGACCGAAGUCCCAUCGAAACCUUCCCUAACGACCCCAUUAAGGAAUCCUCAUGGCCACAAGGAUUUGGCCAACUCACUCAGCUGGGCAUGGAGCAGCAUUAUGAACUUGGAGAGUAUAUAAGGAAAAGAUAUGGAAAAUUCUUGAAUGAGACCUAUAAACGUGAACAGGUUUAUAUUCGAAGCACAGACGUUGACCGAACUCUGAUGAGUUCUAUGACAAACCUUGCAGCCCUGUUUCCCCCAGAGGGUGUGAGCAUCUGGAAUCCCGGCCUACCCUGGCAGCCCAUCCCAGUGCACACGGUCCCGCUUUCUGAAGAUCGGUUGCUGUACCUGCCUUUCAGGGACUGCCCUCGUUUUCAAGAACUUGAGAGUGAGACUUUGAAUUCGGAGGAAUUCCAGAAGAGGCUGCAUCCUUAUAAGGAUUUUAUAGAAACCUUGCCAAAACUUUCAGGAUACCAUGGCCAGGACCUUUUUGGAAUUUGGAGUAAAGUCUACGACCCCUUAUUUUGUGAGAGUGUUCACAACUUCACUCUACCCUCCUGGGCCACAGAGGACGUCAUGACUAAGUUGAGAGAAUUGUCAGAAUUGUCCCUCCUGUCCCUCUAUGGAAUUCACAAGCAGGAAGAGAAAUCUAGACUGCAGGGGGGUGUCCUGGUCGGUGAAAUCCUCAAUCACAUGAAGAGUGCAACUCAGCCAUCCAACCACAGGAAACUUGUCAUGUAUUCUGCACAUGACACUACUGUGAGUGGCCUACAGAUGGCGCUAAAUGUCUACAACGGAAUCCUUCCUCCCUAUGCUGCCUGCCACUUAAUGGAGUUGUACUCUGAAGCAGGGGAGUACUUCGUAGAGAUGUACUAUCGGAACGAGACGCAGCACGAGCCACAUGCCCUCACAUUGCCCGGCUGCACCCCGAGCUGUCCUCUGACCAAGUUUGCUGAGCUGGUUGCCCCUGUGAUCCCCCAGGACUGGUCCACGGAGUGUAUGACCACAAGCAACCACCAAGUUCUGAAGACCAUCCUUGCUGUUGCCUUUUGCCUGGUGUCUGGCGUCCUAGUGGUGCUGCUGUUUACCCUCAUCCGCCAUGGGCCCUGCUGGCAGAGAGACUCCUAUCGGAACAUCUGAACAGACGGCUGAAUGAGGGCAGACACGCCAGGCCAAUUUUUGUGACGCGACAUCGCUCACCGAUGCAGCAUUCAAAGGACAGGCUUUCACCAUGUGGGCAUCACUCUGCCCACAUCUGUCCCUUUAAGUCUGCCUAGAGCAGGGCCUGAACUCACAGUGACGCAGGGACAGCUGCUGGACUGACUGAUGAAAGGACACCCAAGUUACUCAGCUAGGUCUCCUCACCAUUGAACUCCUCAUCGUGGGGUGGGCUUCUCAUUCAGCUAGAAAGAGGCUCUUCUGCAAAGAAUACUCGUAUUCUCAGGUACAGAUGUCCAGAGAGAAAUACGAAGGCAAGCUCCAGUCAGCCUUUUACCUGCAAAGAGCAAAAGGUGACAAGGUGUGACAAAGACAUAAAUUAGAGAAGACUGGACAAUGGGGAAAAUUAGACUAGAAGUAGUAUUACAUAGGAUGAUUCUUAAGAAAUUAGACCCAGUCAGAAGGUAUAAAUAAACCUUUUAUUUA